AUGGCAUUUCCCGAAGAGACCAAAUCUGCCGCCGAAAGCCUGCGUCAAUUCCUCCAUGAGCUCGAACGUGACAACGACCUGGUGACCAUCACCGAAGACGUCGAUCCGCACCUCGAAGUCGGUGCGAUCAUCCGCAAGGUCUACGAAACGGAGGAAAAGGCCCCGUUGUUUGAGAGCUUCACGGGAUACGACAGAAGGGAUUCCGGCCUGUUCCGCAUCCUCGGAUCCCCCGUGGGUCUCAGCAGCGUGCCCGGCCAGAAGCUGGGCAGAGUUGCCAGGUCGUUGGGACUGCCACCGACCGCCAGUGGCAGGGACAUCGUCCUGAAGAUCAACGACGCGAAAGGAAGAGCGCCGUUGCCUUCGACCAAGGUUUCUACCGGGCCGGUCAAGGAGUAUAAGUUGUUUGGGGACCAGAUUGAUCUGACGGCGCUCCCGGCGCCCCUGGUCCACCAGGAUGACGGCGGGAAGUUCCUGCAGUCGUUUGGGAUGCACAUCGUUCGCACGCCGGACGGGCAGUGGGUGAACUGGUCGAUUACACGGAACAUGGUCAACGACGCCCGGUCGCUCGUGGGGCCGGUCAUCCCGCGGCAGGACAUCGGUGUCAUUUUCCAGAUGUGGAAGGAUAGAGGCGAGGAUAUGCCGUGGGCGCUCUGCUUCGGCGUCCCCCCGGCGGCGAUCAUGGUCAGCAGCAUGCCGAUUCCCAAGUGGACGAACGAGACGGAGUUCAUCAGCGCCAUCACGGGCCAGCCGCUCGAGGUGGUGCAGUGCGAGACCAACGACCUGUGGGUGCCGGCGAACGCCGAGGUGGUGAUGGAGGGCGUGGUCUCAAUCUCCGAGACCGCGCCGGAGGGUCCCAUGGCCGAGUAUCACGGACUGGUGUUCCCCGGAGCGGCCAAGCAGUGCCCCGUCUUCAAGGUCAACGCCAUCACGCACCGUAAGGACCCCAUCGUGCCGAUUUCCGUGACGGGCCGGGCCACCGAGGAGAGUCACACGGUGUGGGGGAUUAUGCAGGCCGCCGAGGUGCUUCAUAUCUGCCAGCGGGCAGGGCUUCCGGUGAAGAUGGUCUGGAACCCCUUCGAGUCGCACUGUCUGUGGUUCGUGGUCCAGGUCGAUCGGACGCAACUCAAGGAUCGCAAGACGGAAAUGAAGGCAUUCUGCGAGGAACUAGGCCAUGUGGUCUUCGGCUCGAAGCCCGGCUGGUACAUCCCGAAGCUGUACGUGGUCGGCGACGACGUGGAUCCCACGAACCUGAACGAGGUGAUCUGGGCGGAGGCGACUCGCUGCCAGCCGGAGGUCAACGAGUUCUUCUUCCACGAGUACGGCAAUAUCCCCCUGAUUCCCUACGUCACUCACGGCGUUCAGCCGACCACGGGGUAUCAUCGGAAGGUGGUGCGAUGUUGUAUGUUUCCCUGCGAGUUUGAGGACGACAUUGUGCAUUGGAACGAAGGAUCGUUCCGAGGGUCAUUCCCGGCGGAAGUGCAGAAGAAGAUCAAUCAGAAGUGGGAGGCGUACGGAUUUGGGGGCUAA